AUAGAAGCGACGGAAACUUCAGCAGAAGUUAAUUUAAAGGCUCUUGUACAUAUUACAUCCAAACACAUCUUAGAAGUUUGUGCAGACAAACACCCAGUGGGCAAACUUUCACUUAUAUGUAAAUGGGGAAUGGAUGGCAGUUCUGGCCACAGUCGAUAUAAGCAAAAAUUCUCCGCGGAAGACCUCUCAGAUGAAUUUAUUUUCGUAAUUGCUUUGUUACCACUUAAGCUCAUCGAUUCCUCAUCAGGUAAUGAAAUAUGGGUCAACCGAACUCCCUCUUCUACGCUGUUCUGUAGACCAGUGAAAUUCGUUUAUACGAAAGAAGGAAAGGCGGUAAUUCAUUCAGAAUAUAAUAAAAUAAUUCAGAUGAUUAAUGAUUUGGAAUGUGAUAUUUUUAAAAAUAAGAAGGGAAUUGCUGAAGUUUCCUACAUCAUGCAUUGCACUAUGAUUGACGGUGCAGUAGCUAAUGUUUUAACAAACACCAAUUCCUCAAGCAGAUGUUUCAUAUGUCAUGCAAGCCCAACAGAAAUGAAUAAUAUUGAACAAAACAAAAUACCAAAUCCAGAUCAUUAUAAAUUUGGGUUAUCAACCCUCCAUUGCUGGAUUCGAUUCUUUGAAUGUCUAUUACACAUAGCCUACCGUCUGCCUUUUAAGACAUGGCAAGUCAGAAUGGAAAAUAAGGCUAAAUUUAUUGAAACUAAAGCCCGUAUCCAAAAAGAGUUCAAAAUUAAAACAGGUUUGAUAAUUGACCAAGUCAAGCAAGGGUUUGGAACAACAAAUGAUGGAAACACAGUUAGUAAAAUACUUGAAGAACAUAGUGCGGAAGAAAUUACUUAUGCAGCACGGAAAGUAACAAAAAAUGAAACGAAGCCUGAUAACACUAUAAAGAAGUGUCUUGAACCCUUUGAAGCGCUGGCCUUGUGUUUAGAUUUAGAUUUAUCGGAAGAAAAAUAUAAUAGACUACGCAAAGUUGCUAACAAUAUACAUGCGGAUUUUUUCCCAAGCACGUAUGCGUUAAACCAAUUAAAACAAAUUUUAGUACCACAUAUAGAAGCGACGGAAACUUCAGCAGAAGUUAAUUUAAAGGCUCUUGUACAUAUUACAUCCAAACACAUCUUAGAAGUUUGUGCAGACAAACACCCAGUGGGCAAACUUUCACUUAUAUGUAAAUGGGGAAUGGAUGGCAGUUCUGGCCACAGUCGAUAUAAGCAAAAAUUCUCCGCGGAAGACCUCUCAGAUGAAUUUAUUUUCGUAAUUGCUUUGUUACCACUUAAGCUCAUCGAUUCCUCAUCAGGUAAUGAAAUAUGGGUCAACCGAACUCCCUCUUCUACGCUGUUCUGUAGACCAGUGAAAUUCGUUUAUACGAAAGAAGGAAAGGCGGUAAUUCAUUCAGAAUAUAAUAAAAUAAUUCAGAUGAUUAAUGAUUUGGAAUGUGAUAUUUUUAAAAAUAAGAAGGGAAUUGCUGAAGUUUCCUACAUCAUGCAUUGCACUAUGAUUGACGGUGCAGUAGCUAAUGUUUUAACAAACACCAAUUCCUCAAGCAGAUGUUUCAUAUGUCAUGCAAGCCCAACAGAAAUGAAUAAUAUUGAACAAAACAAAAUACCAAAUCCAGAUCAUUAUAAAUUUGGGUUAUCAACCCUCCAUUGCUGGAUUCGAUUCUUUGAAUGUCUAUUACACAUAGCCUACCGUCUGCCUUUUAAGACAUGGCAAGUCAGAAUGGAAAAUAAGGCUAAAUUUAUUGAAACUAAAGCCCGUAUCCAAAAAGAGUUCAAAAUUAAAACAGGUUUGAUAAUUGACCAAGUCAAGCAAGGGUUUGGAACAACAAAUGAUGGAAACACAGCUCGAACUGCAAUAAUAAAAAAGAAAUGGAAGCAAUUGAGAGACACAUUCCGAACUGAGCUGAAAAAGAUUCCACCUGAACGUUCAGGUGACCCAGGACCAGGCGGCUCUAAUGGAAACGCUUCACAGUGGCCAUAUUUUACGUCAAUGAUUUUCAUUAGAGAUCAGAUAAAAUGUCGAAAGUCGUCGGGGAAUCUGACUCAGCAAAAACCAUUGGAGGAAGGUAUUUAUAUUGAAGAUGAGGAUAACAACAAUGGUAUCGAUAUGGACAUUAAUAAAACACCGAAGGGUCAAGGAAGCAAGGAAAAUUAUAGCGUCGAAAACAGCAUGAGUACUUUUGAAGUAGAGACACCCAACACCUCACAAAGCGCACUCAGCUGUCGAAGCGAGGCCAAUGCCAACGCAACGCAACGUAUUUAA